AUGGUCGCGGCGGUUCCUGUCGGCUCGGUCACGACCGCGAUCGCACGAGCUGAUAACAAAGGAAGUCUCGAUGCAAACGUGCAGUUCUUCAUUGGCGAGACUAAAAACCGACUUCAGGCGGAAUGGGAUUUAGUUAUGUCGUCGUCGGACGCUAUGAAGACUACCAUAAACGACAUGUGGAAUCUGGCCGAAGAGCUUUUGGGAUCUCAAGCUACCAAGGAAAACGUGGAGUGGUGGAUUCGCGAAUAUGAAAAUAUCAAGCAGAAGCAGGAUGGCGUCAAACCCAACGUUAAACUUGUGAAUGGUAUGCAAAUGAUAAUCGACACCGUCGACCAUUAUGCAGAUUAUCUCAAGACAUUAAAGGACUUCCAGUACUAG